UACCUCAGCUAUUUUUUCAAACGUAUCUUUAAAGUAUGUGACGUCAUGUUCUUUAUGAGUAAAGGACAAGAGUAACGGCAACCUUUCCCAUUCCUACUGCCUAUAGUUGGAAGCACACUUGCCAUUGACGGCCGGAAGUCAGCUCUCUCUUGAUCACUACGAACAGAUUCAGAAACCAGAAGUUCUUGAGACUUACUUGAAAUACGCCAAAAAAAGAAAGGCACAUUCCACGACCUAAUUACCAAUUUACCACUACCCAUUUUUUGCAGGCCCGGCGUCAUCACUCGAGGCCAAUAGGGUGAAUCAUAAACGUUUUUUUUUGUACAGCCAAAAAGAAACGUUAAACGUCAGCAAUCGUAGGAAAACCACGAGAUCACAUGUUGAAAUCAAAGCUAAAAUGAACACAUCCAUGGCUGCUGAAUGUGAGGCAAGAUUGGUGAAACUGCAGCAAUAUGUUCCAUUCUUGCAACGUGCAAAGGAAUACUACAUUUCCUCACCUGAAGAUGGGAAAAAAAUUACCCAGCUCAUUGCCAUAAUUUCCAAUGCAGAGCGUUGCAGAGAACAGUUACGACCUGAAACACUUGAAAGAUGUGAAACCUUCUGCAGAAUGCAAUACUCAAAAUUUGGGAAGGAAGAUGAACAGAGACAGAGAAAAGGAAAUCACCCACACACUAGCCAUGAAAACAACAGAUUUGACAAUCCCCAACACUAUCGAGGCGGUGUAGAUCAUCACGAGACCCCGAGAAGCCCCAGUCCAGAGGAAACAGAACGUUUUUCUCAGCAUUGCAUACCUAAGGCAAUUCCCAACCAACGGGCAGAUUCUGACUUGCGCAGCAAUCCUACCCUUAAUAGUUCCGCAAUGGUUUAUCGGGACAAUUAUAGGCAUUCUCCAUCCCUUGAACCUCGUCCAAGUCAUUCUCGCCCUCUACGAACAGAACCAGUAGAAAUACCUACUAUGCCUCUUCAGACUGCAUCUAGAGGACAAGCAUUUUCAAACCAGGACCAAGAUUAUCGCCCGGCAUAUGAUCAGUCGAUAGCAAAUGGAAGACUUUCGCUGGAAGAGCGACGAGUUACCUUCAGGGCUUCACCUGAUGUGCAGCACGGGGGAACGUCUUUCCCUAAACGCGAAUCUCGAUUUGAUCGUUAUGUGGUUGAUCGAUCUUCCAUACGCGUAGGGCCUCCACGACAUUAUGAGGAGUCAAAGUUACCUAACCAAUGGGAUUCUCAACCUAGCUGGGAAUCUCAUAGUCGUGAGAGAACCCACUCCGCAGAAAGAGAGAGAUCAUUCCAGGGCCGUGGUUUCUUCAGCACGCCCCAUGCAGGGUUACAUUCGGCAAGACCUGGAACUCGAUGGGACCCGCCAACAAACAGUCAAAAUCCACAUUUUUCAUCGUCUGCCUCUAGAAUUGUACCAGGAAAUAGGGCAACACAUGACAACUUACGUGAACCCAUAUCAGGUCACAAUGUCUCAGCAAAUUCUUUCCGAACUGGCGAGUCAUCGUUGUUGACAAACCCUCGAAUAGAUCGCCAAGGAGUACGCCACGGACCUAGCCAUAGUGGGAAAAACUGGUUAAGCCGUGACCAACCUCCAUUUCUUUCCCAGCAGAGUUAUGACCGCGACUCGUUAAAAACGACCGGAAGAAAAUAUUGUCAAAAUGACACGUCUUCUAGACAAGGACUUCUAGCUCAUCCAGGUUCUGCUGGUUUUCCUGUUCCUAACCCACCAAUGUUAACGUCCCAUUCCCAAACGGCUCCAAGAGUUCCAAAUUAUCAGUCGAAUUCUACGUCAUCACAGCAGCCUCCAGUAGCUUGUUCUUCUCAAGGCCCGGCUCGCAGGGAGGACCCUCGUCUAGCAAAUAGAUCCAAACCUUCUGGCCCUUUGCCUCCUAACUCAGCUAAAUCGGUUUCGUCCACGCAUGCACAGUCGGCCCCUAAUCCAUCCACCUCUGUCCAGUUAGUUCCAGAUCCACCUGCUACAUCAACUACACAGCGGUUCCCUACAUCUUCCACACCUGGCUUGUCUCGUUUUCCCGCUGAUUCGAGGGGAAGCCAACGGCCACCGAACAAAAUGCCAAUACCGGCAGGAUCGCCCAAAAGUAGUCAGAACUCUUCAAAAGCAAACAACAGCAAUCAAGUUGAUGUAAAAAAAGAUGUUGAAAAGGUUGUAGCCACAGCCGAUAACGCUAGUGGGUCUAGUGUGAGAUCUCAGGAUGAAUUUGUGUCUCCAUUAGACAGUUUGUAUAGUGGAACAUCCAAAUCGAAUCAAACAGGCCGAGGUUAUGGUGUUCAGUCCUACAAAAUUCCUAAAAAGAAGGCGCCUGUCGCGGAUAAUUCGAAAAAAGGAGCAAAACAAGUCUCAUCAGAAGCUGAUGCAUCAACCGUGAUCUCAUCUGAAUCUGCGCCAGCCAAUGAAGUUAGCCAAGAUAGUACGGAAACGAACGAGAAUUGCCCCCAAACUGCAACUGGACACGAUAAGGAACCAAUUGAUGAAGUAGAGGCUGCAAAAGAUAAUACUCCCAUUCCAUUAGAGGUGAUUGAAAAUUACCUAAAAAAGAACCUCCCUUCAGAUGACGCCAAAAUGGUAUUAGAACGACUUAAGACCAAUGCGUGCUCCGACACGGUUGCAAAUGAAUUGGCCGGAUCACCAACGAAAAUUCCGGAAGAAUGUCCAGCCCCUCUGUCAGACUCAAAUGUUAUUGAGAAUAGCACUGCUAUUCCUCCACCUUGCAGUGACACUAAUCGUUCUCAAGUUGUGGACGUGACUGUGACAUCAUCAUGCGAUACUGCAGUUGUUGGCGUAUCCGAGGAUGACGACGAAAAAACCCAUGACACUCAAGAUGUGGAACAAGGGACGUCUAAAGAUUUGACUUGCAGUGAAUCGCUAGCGCCUGCUGAGCAUUCGGGGAAAAAGAAAGGAAAACCUCGUAAUUCAUUGCCGCUUGAAUUGGCACGACUACGCGAAGAUCUCACAGAUUUCAUGAAGGGAGGUCUGGAGCUUGGCAGUCGAAGGUGCCGUUCAAAAUCGUCCCAACCAGCGGUGGACCCACCUUCGGAAGAUGGUGAACAGCGCAAUGAAAAAACGGGACCUCCAUCAACAAAGCGAUGCAGAAAAAGAAAAGCUGCUGGAGAUGAAAUGCAAGAGUUAUCAUCGUUUAGUCCCGUGCCGCCAUCAGAAGAAGGAAACGACAAUUUAGAUGACUCUGGAAGCACUUAUUCGUCAUCUGUAGAACCUAGUAGUGUAACUGAAUCGCCAAACCUAUCAAGUAACUCUAUUCAUGCUAAAACAAGUAUUCGGGGCCGUCCCAAAAAAGGGGCAAUCCGCUUCAAAAAGGCUGAAGAGAACACGUCCUGUAUCGAUCAUAGCCCUGACGGUCCAAUUGGCAAAGCGAAAAAGCGGAAAAAACCGUUGGUUCCCACCCAUUUAUCUCUGCGCGGACGACGAUCCAUGUACGAAGACGCGGAGCAAGAAAACCACAUUGACCAGUAUUUUCAAUGCCAAACUUGUUCUUACCUAGGGCAGAAGAUUGUCCAUCACUACGUGAAUGAACAUCCCGAAUUAGAAAAUCCCUACAUUGCUGUUCCCGAAAGUAAUUGGGAUGAUAUUCAGAAUUCGGCUAGUUCUACCCAACCACAGCAUAAACUAGAUUCUGAUCUGUUGUCUGAUUUGUCUUGGAUUCCUGCCAGACCAAAUUAUACCAGCCCGGUGCAAUGUAAGCUUUGCAGCUACCACACGUCCAAGCGGAGCGAACUGAUGGAACAUGUCAUGAUCCACGCCCUUCCAUCUCAUUGCAAUUACCGGUGUUCCCUCUGCACUUUCACGGAAAACAAUUUCUUUGAUAUGCUAGAUCACGUUGCGGGACACACUGGAGAAUUUCGAUAUCGUUGCAACUAUUGCAAUUUUCAAGUUGCUCACAAGGCCGGCAUCAAGCAUCAUAUGAAUAGCAUGCACGAGUCCCAGGAUGGCCUAUUUUACACGACUAAGGAAUUCCCGGAAGUGGAUCAGCAGCUGUGGAUAUCUGGAUUUGUCUGCAAAACUUGCCGCUACGUUCAGAUCAGUGAAGAGGGUCUAGUACGCCAUCUAGGUUUACAUUCAGACUGCGAUGGGCAUACAAAGGUCAACCUUAUCAGCGUUUUUCAAGAACCUGUCCCAUCCCAAAAAGCAGAAACUGAUGAUGAAACUGUGGUCGUCAGUAUCCCUGCUGAAAAGGAGAAAGGAGUAUUUUUGUGUCCAGUCUUGGAACCUGUCAAAGAGGAUACUGACCUCGAUGAGGGCGAACUUACCGAAUCCUUAAAAUUACAUUCGGUUUCAUUAAUCGAAACACUGGCAGAGAAACUUGCUAAUCCGGAGACCCCAGAACAAGCGCAACAAACGUCAUCUGGAAAACUUGAGAAUCAACUCUCCAUAUUGCCUGAUAAUCCGAAUACAGAUGAAGAAGACGGCGGCUGCCUCGUUAUUGCGGAAGACGAUUUGUCAACCACGGAGGACGAGAAGGAAUCGCCUGCUGCUGAAACUGUCAAGGAAAACGAAAGUAUAGAACAGCCGACAAAAGAUGAUCAUCCUCGCCUUCUAAUUGAAGCUUGGAAGCCUAAUGCGAUGUUAGAAACGAUCAUAUCAAAGCUGACUGAUAAGCUUGGUGGGUCGGAAGUUGACGAAAAUGUAUCGACAGACUUUGAGGAUGAAGACGACCUAGAAGAAACAGUGGAAGAAGAGGAGGAGGAGGAAGAAGGAGAAGAGGAGGAAGAGGAAGAAGAAGAAAAUGAGGAUGAGAUUGAAGAUUCUGAGAAUGAAUCCGAAUUGGAAUCUGCAAGAAAAAAAGGGGAGGAUCAGGCGGAAGAAGUGGCAACUCAGGAAAUCGUACCUACCAGAGAAGAAAUUGUUGUUAAAGAAAACGACGCAAUCAGUGAACAAAUUGAAGCGCCCACAGAGUCGGAGGGAUUUCUCCGCAUUGAAAGCGUUGUAAGCUUAAACGACGUCGAUGAAGAUGAUAGCCUCGACCCUGUUUCUUCCAUCAAUCUUCAUUCGAAUGUAACGGUGGCCAAAGAAGAUGUUAAAUUCCCUUACAGCACUAAUCACGAUCGAUGCAAAUUUGCCGCCAAACUGAAGGAUGCAGAAAUCUACAAGACGAUGCUCGACAGCGUACGCAUUCGUUGCUUGUUCAAAUGCAUGGCUUAUCGUUGUAUCUUCUCAAGCGACUCCGCCAAAGAUUUCAGACAGCACUUGCAAUGGCAUAAAAAACACUUCAACGCCACACAUCCAAGUGAGCCAGUCUUCGAGCAUCGAAUGCUCUCAGAAACUGCGGCUGUCUGCGAAACGCUGACUGUCCCAGACUUCAAUUUCUGCUGCUAUUGUCCUUUUGUCGCCUAUUCUACGAUGGAACUGGUUGAACAUGUCGAAGGUAUUCACGCAUCGAGCGAGUUCCAGUGUUCUGCUUGCUUUUUUCGCGCCAGACGGUCAAAAAUCGUCGAUAUCCAUACCAUCAUCUGCCAUGCAGGCACGAACGCACACGCGUUAACCUGCAAGACUGUAGUUUCCAGCGGGUGCUCAUCAGCAAUGGAUGAAAUGGCGCCGAGUCAAGUCCCGCGAUACCGUUGUUGCGUAAACGAAUGCACAUUUGCUUGCAUUCUUGAUGAUAGUUUCAUCAAGCACAUUUCAAGUCGUCAUCCAGAAUUGAAGCAUCUUCAUUGCCGAUUAUGCACCGAACAAAUUACCUGCAACGAUAACGAUUACGCUGGGAUCUUUCAUCAUAUGAGCAUACAUAACAUAGGAUUUUUCCAAUGUGCCUUUUGCCUUUGGGGGGCUGACCUACCAACCGACGCGCUCAUUCACCAAUGCCUCCAUCAUCCGUCUGUGCAAGGAAAAAUAUUAAUUCGCUCUUCUCAGACCGCGGCGCCAAACACGACCCUUGUGGAUCACUGGAAACUGGGAUUGUCGAGUACCUACUCACAAAGACACAACAUUGACUUUGACCGACGUUUCAGAGAACUAUUUGAAAAGAUCCGAAUCGUGCAAUAUCCGUUGGUGCCGGAAGAAGAUGUCCAAAUUAUGUCGGAGGCCGAAAAUAGCCAUCAGAAAGCAAUUGAAGAAAAAACGAACAUCCCGUCAAACGUUGGAGAAGGGGACGCAGUGUCAGAAGAAGGAAGUUCGGCAAACCCAUCAACUACAAAGGAACCGGAAACAGAAUUUCAUGGUUUUGGAGAAGAAGAAUUAGCUAAAUCCAAGGAACAGACAGAAAGCAUUACCAUAGUUUCGGAUGCCGAAGAUGAGAACUCGUCUAGUUCUUUGAACGAAGCACCCGCUGCCACUGCUAUGCAAGUAAACGAAGAAUCGCCAGACCAAGAACUAGAGGAUCACCAGGAAGGUUUGGCUGGGCGUCAACUAUACGUGUGUGGAAACAUAGGUUGCGAUGAGACGGCUGAAACCGCUGCUAGCUUUAAGGAUCAUUUGUUGGUGUGUGAUUUAGCCCGAGAUUCACGCCUGUUGACUUGUCGCCAUUGCGGGAAGAAUAUCAAACAGGUGUCUAACCUGAUUGAACAUCUGCGAUCCCACGGCGUCAAACGUUUCCUGUGCGGUCUUUGCUCCCAUCGUUCCAAUCAAGCUGCCCAAAUUCGUAAGCACAUGAAGACGGCUCAUCGUGUCAAUGUCGUAGAUGAGGUGCCAAUCGGAGCCGCCCCUGGUCAAGCAAACAGUGAAAAUGUUCUUCACGCCCUUUAUCCUCGAGAAAUGAUUGCUCGAUUGAAGUUGAGAACGAGAGGAUCGCCCGGCAAGAAAGGCACUACGAAAGCGUUCACGUGCCGUGAUGCUCAAACGAUUCCAAUGAAAGCCAUCCUACCUGCCAAAGUCAAAUGCGCACAUUGUGGCUACGCGAGUAACGUCAGAACGAAUAUGGUGCGUCAUCUUUCCAUGCAUCAGUGUAGCGAGAUGACCAAUGCCACAUCGAGCGAGGGAGAAGAAAUCAUUCCUCGGGUAUUAAUUCCUGAUCAAGAUCCUGUCAACCCAGUUCCUCACCUCGAAACACCGUCGAAGGGCAAAAUGUUUGACAAGAUGGCCAACUUGGCUUACAGUUCACACGUGAAAGAAAAACCGGCAACCAAAGAGCGAAUGAGUAAAAUGAAAAACUCCAACGCACUUGACGAUGCUAUAGCAGCCGAGAAGGCCCUCGAACCUGCUUUCGUUCCAGAUCACCUACGUUACGUUUGUGGUGCCAACGGUUGCAGCUAUUUGACUGUCAACGAUAAUAUGCUCAAGUAUCACGUCCAGGCCUUGCACAAGAACGGUGCCUUCUCCUGUACGCACUGCAAGAAAAAUGAUGAUGAACCCAUGUCUUUAGAGGUCUUCCGUGGUCAUCUGAAAAUGCAUGGUCCCCAGCUCUUCAAGUGUGGCCACUGCACCUUUUAUCAUUGGCACCAACAAGAUAUUGAAUAUCAUCUUAAAGAGAAACAUCCUAAUCGUCCACCGUGGCGAAUACUUGUUCGUGAUCCUACCGAUGCGGAGGUUAAACGGUUACAAAACAUCAACCAGCAGAAUGCGGACAAAGGCGCACAAACAGCACUUUGGAAUUGCAGUCUGUGUAAACAAGUGGCUGCUUCCGCAGCUGAUAUGCUGAUCCAUGUCGAGUCCAACCACGGCGUGAAAAGUCAGUACAAGUGCGCCUUGUGCCCCGUCCGAUGCAACGUCCGGUCUGAAUUUGAUAGACAUUUUGCAUCAAAGCAUCCAAACCAAGAUGUUCAAGUUCUCACGUUCUUUUACAAGGUGGAAACCAGCGAAGCCACAAGCGAAUCGGAAUCGGCCCCUGUAGUCGCAACCAGUUUCGAACCGCUCUGGAAAAAGGACGUAAAUAGGUUACGUCACAUUCGCGGUAUUCUUUUGGAUGAGAAGGAAAUUAAUGUAGCAGACGAAGCUGAAUCUCCCACAACACUGAUGCAAGAUGACCCAGUGUAUGGACGUUAUGGUACACCAUGUGCCUCUACGGGCCAAUACAGCUGCCCAAGAUGCAACAGUUAUCGUGCCUCCCAAGCGCGUGACUUGAAGAUACAUCUUUACAGGGAAUUAGAUUACAAAAAGUUUCUCUGUUCCGUCUGCAACGAAGGAGCCUGGAGUCGUGCGCUGGCGUUGAGUCAUGUAGGAAAGCAGCAUCCCAAUUCUGGUGCAUACAUUCGAGAAAUUACUUCGAAUCGAGCACUCGAAGAUUGGGUAGGAAAAGUCAUCAAAGUUCAAACCGAGGCACUAAAGGUGUUGAAAGGUGCUAUUCCCAAUGUCAGCAAAGCCAAAAAGAGCCUUCCGGCUUCUCCGGCCACCUCUGCUCCAGCAUCUCCGACCAAAUCACCGGUCAAAUUAAAGAAGCCAGUCGCGCCAGUGCCGAUCGCGUCUAAAGCCUCUUGUCCCGAAAAGCCCAUAGUGAUCACAGUGAAUCUUGAACCUUUGGCGGAAACGAGUUUUUCACCAGUUAAAAAGACUUGGAACUGCCAAUCUUGCCAGCUUGUUUUCAGUUCCGCACAGCUUCUGGAAGAGCAUGUGGUGGCGUCACAUGCGAGUGACAGCACAAAAACUGGUAAUAAGAUAUGUCUGGAGUGUGGUUUUAAAGCCACUCCCAAACAGUCAUUGAUCAAUCAUCAAAAGAAAUCAAAGCAUUCGAAGACCAACGAAUUGCCAACUGCAGCGACUGACGAUGAUGAAAUGGAAAGUUUAACGAUUGCGGGCGCUGAAACGGAGAAUUCAACGCAACUUAUACAGUUGCAACAAUUGAAAAAAGGUCGGACAAAAACACCCAACCCAUAUCGCUGUAAACAUUGCAAAUUUUCAGCGGUUAACGAGCAUGGCAUAAACCUCCAUUGGCAACGGAUUCACUCGUCAUCUGACUUGCCAUUGGAUUUUGAAUGUGACAUCCCACUUGAGGUUACUGCAGCUAAACCGGAGUCAGCUAAGAUCUACUACAAAUGUCAACUUUGUCCUGUGCAACCUGGUCUUUAUGAAGAAAUGCGCUUGCAUUCUAAGACCCUACAUCCUAAUUGCCCUAUCAAAAUAUUCCGAAUAACAUCCAAAGUGAAAAGUAACCAGCAAAAGGAACCUGCUACAUCCGACGUUCAGGGCAAAGAUUCAGGGCCAGCUGCAAAGAUUGUCCGAGUCGAAAAGAAUUUGACACUAACGAGGGAAACUGUUGCCACACCAUCAUCGUCAGUCGCAAUCAAAUCUCAGCCUCCAAAACUAACUCCAAAAACACCGGCCCCAAUAACUUCUGGUAACGCGCAAACUGUCUUUGUAGUAGCGCCAUCUGCAAAUCAACCAACUUAUGCUUGUGCAUGGUGCAACUCUAAAUUUCAACAGGAAAGCCAGGUCAUUCGACAUCAUGCUUCUCAUCCAAGCAACAUUCCUUUGCGAUACACAUGUACGACACCUACUGCGAAAUCUGCCGGCAAUGCACCUUCGGUAUCUACAUCAACACCUAAACCGGAACUUGCAGUGAUGGAAAUCCGCUUCGGAUGUCCUAUAUGCUCAAAAUAUUUCAUCUCAUUGGCAGGAGCGCAGCAACAUGUUGUCGAGCAUAAACAAGUAUGGAAGUGCGGACACUGCGUCAUGCUGUUCGGUACGCCUACACUAGCUCUCCAGCACUGGAAAGAAGCCCAUCCAGGCUUACAAGGGCAGCUUGAAAGCAUAGAUUCGCCUAGUCAAAUAGUCGAAAGGCUCUCUAAAGGAAUCACAAUACAUCGCGUCCAGUUGAACAUGAAAUCUCUGUUGAAAGACAAAUCAUCUCAACCUGCCCAAUCACCUUCAAGCGAAUCCACUGGAGCAGGAAAAGAAGUUAAGGAAAAACAAAGCACAGAGGCACCCAACCUACCGCAGCAAUCUCCGAGAACUACACCAGUAGCCAGGAAAUCAACUAGUACUAACCUCUUCCUCAAAGAGAACAUCAAACAAGAAUCGGCGUCAUCGUCAGCCCGUGAACCACCUCUACCAGUGCUUGAGGUGACGAGAAUUAGUUAGUCCAAGGAACCUGUUAAAAACUGAGUGAAAAAAAAUACUGGGAUUAAUCAAAUGCGUCCUGAUUUACAUUUCGAUUACGUAUAUGUCCGUAAAAUUCGUUGUAAAAUUUUAUCCACCGGAAACAUGUCCUCUUUUUAAUUUAUUUCGUUACUUUAUAAUUUUUUUUUUCGUUUAUAUUUUUGCCUGUCUGAUGUUGCUUGAUGCGACGCCGAAUGAAUGGAAAUCCUGAGAGAUGAUGAAAAUGUCUAGUAUCGUGUGAGUUGCAUUUUUCUCUGCGUGCACUUCAAACGAUAUUAUAGAACAAGUCGACUAUAUUUGCAUUUUGUAAUUUCCAUUAUUGGUGUGUGGCUUUAUAAGCGAUUUGUCAAUUACCUAACUUUUUUGAUCAUGUGCGUACCAUUAAAAAUAAACAUGUUUAAAAGUGUAA